AUGGUUCUCACCCAGUUCUUCUCCAAGGACAAGAAUAAGGCCAAGAACAAGGACAAAGCGAAAAAAGACCUCCCCAAUCCUCCUCCAUCGGUCCCUACUGUUUCUCCGUCAGUGAGCCGCGACCGCUUAUCAGGCCAGUGCACAGGUGCAGGCACAGGCACAGGCACAGGCACAGGCAAAGGCAAAGACACGCCAUCACCCUCAAGUUCUCCCCAUCCUCGCAACCCGCCGUCUUCUUAG